AUGAUGGAAUUACUGCAGCAGGCUCUAUCUUCGGAGUACCUCGGCCAUCCUGCUACUGCUGCUGCGAUCGCUUCUGUUUUAAUCUUUCUGAUUCUUUCUCUAUAUUGGUGGGCGACUCGUGGAUUUGCAGUCCUCAAGAAGCUGAAUGUCCCCGGACCCAAGCCGAUUCCUUUUUUUGGAAACUUUCUUGAAGUAAGGAAAUACAAUGGACUACAUGAGCUGCACCUUGACUACAUUAAGAAAUACGGCAACGUUUUUGCCCUUUGUCUGGGUGGUAGGCCGUCGCUUGUUGUCGGUGAUCCGGAACUGCUGAAGCAAAUAUUAGUAAAGGACUUUCCCAACUUCCAAAAUCGCUUCCAGAUCCAACAACUGAGUAAGGUGUUCUCCAUGAACGUCUUCAACGCUCGGGAUGGAAGGUGGAAGCGGAUCCGUAAUACGCUGACACCCACGUUCAGCGCAGGAAAGAUGAAGUUGAUGGUGCCUCUUAUAGAGACGUCUUGUGACACGCUAGUGGAAAAACUUGAGGUAGUUGCUGAUUCAGGUGAGUUUAUAUUUUCUUUUUAGUAACUGGUAAAACCAAAGGUUUUAUUGAGCCAGCAAUAAAAAUAGAACUCUCCAAAUAAAUGUCACUGCAUGAUGAUACUGGGACACAUUUUCGUUUCCGGUUUCUGUAGGGGGCUGGUCACGCUACGAUCAACACAUCAAAUAACUAUGACUCAGACUAACUGUAUGUAGAACUCAAGAGAAAUACGCCAAGACGGGCAAAGUGGCGACUGCAUUUUCUGAACCUGGAAUACGAAGUCUCGCUUUUUCUAAGUUGGUCUUAAUUUGAAUGAAAGUGUGACUCGGCUUACGGCGCGUGGAGAUAAUUGUCUCAAUGAUAUUCUUGUUUAAUAUAGUAAAAUAUAGAAAUAUAGUUUAAAAAGAGUUUGAAGUAAACGAAAAUUGACAAGAUUAUUGAAAGUACCGUGAGUUACCGGCUCCGGCCUUGAAAACAGCAUCCGGGAAUUAGCUUAUUAAGAAUGCCUCUCAGAAGCUGCAAAGCGAACCGAUACUGAACUAAUUUCUGACGUGUUGAAUGAAACAGUGAAUAUUACACCCCCUCCCCCUCCCCUGCUUCCCUGCAUAUAUGAGGAAUAUUUAUUAUCAAGAGCCAUAUUAAUGGGACGUAUUGGGGCUUUGAUAUUAAGUGGUAACAAUUUUACGAUAUGUAUUUCCAGGUCAAAGUGUGGACAUGCUGGACUGGUUUAGUAAGCUGACCCUAGAGGUGAUAUUAUCUACAGCUUUUGGUGUGGACGCGAAGGUUCAAAAAGGUGAAAACACCGAAAUGCUGCAAGAAGCGAAGAAACUUUUCCAGGUGCCUUCAAUCCUACGGCAUCUUUCCCGUUUGCCAUUUGGAAAUGCUCUAUUCCGUCUUAUAAGAUUAGUUAGCGGUGGAGGUUUUCAACCCAAGUAUUUUGAAGGUAUUGUUACAGAAAUCAUUAAUCAACGCCGUCAACAGGGACUUACAGGACGAAAGGACCUGCUACACCUUAUGAUGCACGCCACUGAUGAAACAACAACAGAAGGGAUUAGCAAGCUGUCUGAUGAGGAAGUUGUAGCUCAGUGUAUUAUUUUCCUUCUGGCAGGAUACGAAACGUCCAGCAACACCUUGUCGUUCACCCUGUACUUCUUGGCCGUGAACCCAGAUCUACAAGACAAACUUAGGGAAGAAAUCAGAGAUGCGUUGGAGGCCAGUGCAAGGAAGAAACCUCUCUACGAAAUAGCCCAGAACAUCGAGUACCUCGACUGUGUCGUAAAGGAGUCUCAGCGCUUAUGUCCUCCUGCGGCCGCCGUUAAUCGACAAUGCCGUGAAGACUAUAAAUUUAACGGAAUCCAUAUUCCUGCUGGAACCGAGGUUGUGAUUCCCAUAUAUGCCUUGCAUCAUGAUCCAAGUGCCUGGGAGGACCCGGAGAAGUUUGACCCCGAGAGAUUCCGUGGUGAAAGAAAAGACACCCGCCAUCCCUUCCAAUUCGUCCCCUUUGGGGGUGGGCCACGAAAUUGUAUCGGUAUGAGGUUUGCCCUGCUGGAGAUCAAGAUCGCUCUCGUCAAAAUCUUGUCGAAGUACAAGUUUGUGCGAUCACCGGAGACGCAAGUUCCCGUCGUAUUACAUCCCGGUGCAACUUUGAGUGCUAAAAAUGGCGUGCUUGUUAGAGUAGAGACUGUACUGUAG